CUCCGCAUUGGAUGAACACAGCACCCAGCAUGGGUGGAGGGAUGGUGGUGUCUUCAUUGAGAACAGCCUGACAGUGAUGGUGGGAACCCCUCAUAAUGGGCACAGCAGGUGUACAGACCUGGGAACUCAGCGCACGGAUGGUGGGAACCCCUGAUAAUGGGCACAGCAGGUGUACAGACCCGGAAACUCAGUACAGGGAUGGUGGGAACCCCUCAUAAUGGGCACAGCAGGUGUACAGACCUGGGAACUCAGCGCAGGGAUGGUGGGAACCCCUGAUAA